CGCAAGCAGAAGCCGCAGUCGCCUGUAGGUGAAUUUCUUGCUACAUCCUCCUCCCUUUCCCCUGUCCUAUCUCUUUAAGCCCCAAGAAGAUUCCAAAUUGCAGUGCUAUUAUACGUCUAAUUAAUGGUGUCUAGCUAAUUACAAUACCUUCUGGAUUGACUUCUUGACACUUGAUGUAGAGAACUGUCGGUGAUCAGUUGUGAUCUUUAAUUAAAUUAGUCACAGGGAACUGUCACUGCAUUGAAUUUGGAAGCCGAAUAGUGCAAUAUUUAUGUCUUCCAAUUUCUGGUCUGUACUCUGAUUAUGAAUUUAUACACUAUUUCAGCUCUCCAGUGUUAGGUAUUACUAUUCUUUCCCUGGUGGGUGGAGAAGAAAUUACAAGGGUAGUAGUGUCAGGAAACAACUAAACAUGAUUCGAAUGAUCCGAGCAUCAAAAUUACUGGUUAAAAGACUUAGGAAUUAGUGCAUGAGAGCUAACGAAAUGGAGUGAUAUAACUUGGUGGUGUAGGCUGUGCUGCUUAUGGUUUUACAGCUGCGGAGAUAGGAAAGAGUCGAUGAAUGCUCAAAGGAUCACUUACAGGUUGCGAAGGUACUUUAGAUCUAUAUGGUUGAAAUCAAGAGAAUAAAAAGGUGCAAAUCAGAUUUGGGAUCUCACAGAGGUAUUAAUACCGGUACAUUAUGCAUUUGUUAAAUUUUUGGUCCUUUCUUUCCAUUGGCUGUAACAAACCACAGGUGAGAUGGUUUACAGUUUGUGGCCUCUCAGAAAUUCCCAUCAAUUAUUUCAAGCUUUUUGUUGUAACUUGGAUAAAUAUUUCAAGUUAUUUUCGGCAUACUUUCUGAAUGGUAUUGCGGUAUUAAUAUAAGCACAUUGCACUCUUUAAGUUUCUGCAUCAUUCUUCUAUGUACGAUGUCACAUAUGAAGUAAUCUAAAAUUUGUGUCCCGUCAAAGAAUUGCAGAGCAAUUAUUUUCAGCUUCUCCGAAUAUCAACUUGGAUCUGAUCUGUUUUACUCGUGGAGCGAAUAUCAUUUGGCAUUAGGUGUAAAUACUCCUUUUAGUGCAGAGAAUAAAAAUUCCAGUGACAACUAUACAUGCUGUUUUGAAUUACCAUCACUGUUAGCUGAGUGAAGCAAGAAAAAGUAUUUUGAGUUGUAUAUUGUUUUCUCUUCGCUGUGAUAUGUUUGAGGUCUCUUUUUUUCUUGGUCUUCAUGUUGAAUGAAAUAUAUCAUAAAUACAUAUUGAUGAUAUCACAAUCUAUGUUUGAUGACCAAACCGAGGUGACAAUACAAUAAGAAAUCUAAGGUGACAAAUAUUACUCAGUGCUCUGUAACUUUGGUUUAGAGUAGGUCAAAAUGAUCAAUUGAUCAUAAUAGUUACUCUUAGUUUUAAACUAAGAGAUAAAACCAUGUGCCAGCAAUUAGCAAGUGUUAGAUAGUAAAACUGUGUACAAACUUCUUCAUCCAUGUGAUUUGUAGGUGUUGUCACAACUGAAUAGUUAAUAUGGGAAGGUGUAACUGGAGACAGACUUGUACCUAGCGAUCAGUUGAAAGACUUGUAUUUUAUCUAGCAUAGACAAAUGUGAUGCUUCUACAGCUAUAAGGUGCAGAGAAUAUACUUAAUUUCCCAUUAGUAUCACUCACUUUUAUUCAUCUUGUAUCAGGAGCUUGAUCUUCGAGUGGCUGGUUGUGUUUGUGUGUGUGUGUGCCCCUAAGGUAAGUCAUCAUAGCUGGGAGCCUGGAAUUCAUGGACAUGCUAAUCUAACAGUGUGAUAUUAGAAGAUUUCCCCUUGGUGAGGUCCUACAAACAUUCAUGAGUUGGUGUGGUUGUGCCAACCAAAUUGUUUCGCAUGGAGAUUUCUAUUUGACAUCCUUUAUCUGCUUCAUUGAAGUAACUGAUGAAAUUUAAUUAUUUUGUCAACGAUAUAAAAUAUCGAAACAUAUUAGUUGUUUUAUUACUCAAUCUAAGUGCUUCCCCUUUUCCACAUAAAUUACUGCCAACAAUCCUAAAAAAGUUUGAUCAUGGCGGAGGGAAGACAGGCAUACAGUUUGACUUCUCUUGGCACUGAUUUCUUUUGCGGCGCUUCUCAAUAGGAUCAAUAUUUGUAUUAUUUAAACCCCACUGUCAUUUUUUCUUCAAGAACUUAUCUAGCAAGUGCCUCUAGAAGUUUUUUACGGACUGUAGGUGAUGACUUCAUUUCUGACUUAUCAAUUUAAUAUCGUGUGUAAAGUCUCGACGUGAAAAUAAACUUGGAUGCUGCUGCUUUAGUUUUCAACGCCAAUUGACGGUAAUAAAAAACAAUUUGCUUGACAAAUAUAGUUCUAAAAACAUGUUCUAUAUUUUAAGACGUGCACGCUCACUAGUUAGGUGUAGAUAGAUGUAGAUGUAGAUAGAUCAGAUCCUUGCGGAUUUCCAUUCGCGAGACAAAGGUUGCCUUCGCAGUUUCGAUCGAUGGCUCCAUAUCAUAUCUGGUUAUCAGCGUUGUCCUCUUCCCCGUGUCCUGCAGUUUUGUGUUGUGCGCAUAUGUACAGCAGGUAGUACUACUACGGACUACGGAGUACACUAUGUCCACAGAAGAUGUCAUCGUAUUGUGUUUCCUCGCAGAACUCCUUUAAAACCAAACUACCACGACUGCAGGUAGCCAUGUAUAAUACUUCCUUCCUCUGUCCUAAAUUAACUGUCGUGAAUUUAUACAGAUUCUUAUACGAACGGAGUGAGUAAGUAAUAACCCGAGCUGGUUUUGAAGCCACACACCAAACCCUUCUUCUCCUUCCUUGUCCUCCUCCUCCCGACCUUCACUCGUAGCCAAGCUACCCCUUUUGAUUCUCUUUAGUUCAAACAAAUGAACUAGUUUUCUAAAAAGUUAUGUCAUUUUAAAAUUUUAUUUCAUUUGAUUGAACUAAGAAGCGUCGAUGGGUACCCUGAGGGUCCCAGACUUGCAGCUCUAAAGCUGCCUAGACAGUAGACACCGUCAGAUGUACACAAAUGGUCACCAGGAAGCUGGCCUUGGGCUCCCUCUUCCACACCAAGGCCGCCAAGGUCGACGCCACCUCGUCGUCAUCAACACCCCGCGACCCGGCCGCCGCGGCACCCGCAUGGGCGUGGCCGUCCUGCAAGCUCCCCAGAACGCAGUCCUUCCACCACGCCGCCCCACCGCCGCCCGGCGCUCCAAGGACACUCGCCUCCAUCUUCCUCGACUCGGCCGAGAGCUCCUUCACGAGCUCCUCCGCGCGGCAGCACGAAGACGACUGCUCCGCCGACGACAGCCUCUCCUCAACGGCGUCCGAGGCCUCAGCUGCGGGCGAGGCUGACGACGGCGCCAUCGUCGUGGGAGGCCUCCGCAUCCGCUCCUCCGACCGGCUCCUCUUCGACCCGGCGGCGGGCGCGUCGGCCACGAGCUCCAUCCUCGAGGAGAAACCGUGGGCCGCCCGCGCCCGUGCCCGUGACCACGAGGUGUUCGUGGGCGGCCUGGCCGUGGCGUUCGAGUCGGCGAACCCGUACCGGGACUUCCGGGCGUCCAUGGAGGAGAUGAUGGACGCCGCGCACGGCGUUGGGGCGGGCUUCUUGGGCUGGGGCUGGGGCUGGCUCGAGGAGAUGCUCGGGUGGUACCUCCGCGCCAACGGCGAGGACACGCACGGCGCCAUCGUGGCGGCCUUCAUCGACGUCAUAGUCGCCAUCGCCGACCGGCAGGCCCGCUGUGCGUGCUCGUCCCGGAGUUCUUCGUGCACGUCCGUGGAUCGAGAGUUGGGGGAGGAGCCCCGAUAAGACGAAGCUAAAAUACUCCGGUGUAAUAACAGCCUCUGUGGCUCUCGUCAUUUGUGUUGAGGUAAACUACUGUCGUGUCGAUCAGUAGUACCUCGGUGGUAUCAGCAUGAGCGUGCGCAUGUCAACUUUGUUGAGCCAAGAUGCAUGAAAAUGAAAAUUGCAGAGUCGGUUAGUCAAUUA